CCUGUCAGUGCUCAUCCAUGCCACCUGCCAGUGCCCAUCACUGCCUUUCAGUGUCACCCAUCAGUGCCAGUCAGUGCCGCCUAUCAGUGCUGCCCAUCAGUGCCGCCUAACAGUGCCCAUCACUGCAGCCUCAUUAGCGCACAUCAGUGAAGGAGAAAAAAAUCACUUAUUUACAAAAUUUUAUAUCAAAAACUAAGAAAUUUUUUUUUUUUUCAAAA